ACCCUCACACAUCUCUACACUCAUCCUCCGUUCUCUUGACUCGGACAUUGAAGAGCUAACAUAUUCAACCGGCUCACUUCUGGCUAAACCACAUCCGAGAUGUCUACUUUCCGGGCGAACCACCAGAAGUCUAAUCUCAAACGAAUCUUUGUCCUCCUACCAUUUCUUCUUAUCGCCUUUCUCGCCCGUGAUAUCGUGCAGACGUAUUCUCAGAGGUUCAGCGAGCUCAAAACUCAGCGAGAAACGCACGAACGUACUCAGCGGAUCGAAGGGAGAUGGAAGACAGUCGCUGCAGCUCUGGACCUAGCUUCUCUCCCGGACACCAUCGUCUUCCCCGACAAACGUCCUCCUGCAGCUAUUCAGCCGCGGCCUAUCGCGACGUUCUCUCAGCCUCGAUACUCACGCUUUGAUCUGAGGAGAAAGCGGUCUGAGGCGCGACUGGAUCUGGAAGAGCCAUCUCAUCGGCAGGUUGUUCUUGCUCGCCCCCUACGUUUCGCCGCCGAUGUGCAGGAUAGUCCGUCAGUCUCGCUGGAAAGUCUCGCCUCGUCUCUUCGCCACCUCGCCUCGUCGGAGCAAGGGUCGGGCACCUCCUCAAAUUCCUCGGGCCGCGCCAAAAGGAACGCUGCCCCAAGGAGACAGGCGCGCAAGGGCAGCUAA